GAUUACGAAGCGCUUGCUGAUAAUCUCAGGUGAACACUAAUCCUAAUCCAAUAUAAAUACACUUAUACACAACACUACAAGCUUAUUCAUCUUGACCGUACAAUAAUGGCUAAAGUUGGUGAAGGCGACCCUCGUUGGAUCGUUGAUGAACGCAAAGACGGCGCUAACGUCAAUGCGUGGCAUUGGGAAGAACGCGACCUCUCCGCGUACGUGCAUGAUAAGCUCAAAAAGGCCUUUCUUUCUCUUAAAUUUCUUGAAAACCAAGAUGGGGUGGUGUACGCGCAGAUUGACAAUGUCAGUGAAAUCCUCGGUGAUGUGACGGUGGCUCAGCGGAAAGGUAAGAUGAUGUGUUAUUUCGAGUUGAAGAUGACUUUACAGUGGUCUGGUAAGACUUCUACAGGGGAUGAUGUAGUCAAGGGCAAGCUAGAGGUUACUGAGGUUGACCACGACGAGUUAAUGAAUGACUUCAAUAUCGAUGUGACCUGCCAGGAGAAGGGCAAAGCCGCGGAGAUGAUCGAAAACGUCGCGCGCAUCGCCGGCCGUUCGAAAGUUCGCGAGGAGAUCAGAAAGUUUUUCGACACUUUAUACGAGGAAUACCAUAUUGGCAAGAUGCUGAAGAACAAUACGGUGAUGCCGCCACUCCCUGUUGUUCAGGCGCCAACGCCGCCGUUCGCAAAGGGCGGUGACGAACCGGCCCCUGCAGAGGUUUCCGAGAGCAAUAUACACAGCAAACCAAUUGAGAGUCUAUUGGAGUGGAAGAUGCGCUGGCGGGUCCCGAUCGAGCAACUCUUCCACCUUCUUGUGGACGAGCGGACCUCGAGUUUGUACACCCGAAGCCCGGCCCAGGUGGACGCGAAGACGGGAGGCCAAUUCCACUACCUUGGUGGGGUCAUCUCCGGUUAUUUUGUGAACCUGCAGCCGCCGAUGGUGAUAUCGGAGCAAUGGCGGUUGAAUAGCUGGCCGGUCGGAGUCCACAGCUCCGUCGUGAUGCGGUUGGUGAAGGAGGAGCCCGGGGUGACCAUUUUGGAGUUCGCACAGCUCGGGAUCCCGAGCGGGGAGAUGCAGAACGUCAAGAUGGGGUGGCGGGUUAACUUUUUCGAUGCCAUACGGACAUUCUGCGGGGUUUCAAUGGAGUAUAUUUAACCACCCUUCGAAUAUUCUCACCGAUUCACACCCCCUCCCCAUCCCCCUCCCCUCGUGAGGUUUGACAAAUUGCCUAUUAUUAAUAUUAUAAAGAUUAUUAUUAUUAUUAUUAUGGAUUUGCAGUUCCACUGUGGAGAUGUAAUAACAACUCUUUUGUAAAGUGACUAAAUAAAUGAAGUUGCAAUGAUAAACAAACAGAUCUCAAAUGAUAAACGAUCUAAAAUACAUAUUAUUUCUACAUAUAUUAGUGAAUGACAGCUCACGCUCAAUCUUUGACCAAUCACGUUUCUAUAUUUACAUUAACAUGACCCUGGGCACUCUUCAUAUAUAUAUUAUGUACUUCUUUAUUAUAAUGAUCUGCAGGUUUAUCUGGUCGAAAUGUAAUGGGGUACUUGUCGAAGCAUAGGAAUGCAUCUAAUUUUAAAAUCGGCAUGAGCUCCAAAUAUCCUAUGAUUUUUUUUCAAAACAAUUUAUUGCCCUAAAUUCAGCUAAGGUGUGGUUUAUUAAGCACAAUAAACCCUCUUUUCAAUAUCACAUUCAGCUCUUCCUACAAUUUUGCCAAUAGGGGAAUGUGCUCCUAAUUAUUCGACCUUUCCUUUGACGUAUUUCUUCUCGUAGUAUGAUAUAAUUACUCAUAAUGGAAACGACGUUUCCAGAUUUUCUCUUUUCAAUAUAGCGCUUUGACAACACCAAGCAUCACGCCACUGGAAGGUGGCAACAAAAAGAUAAAUUGUUUGAAGCACCAUCGUCUACCAGCGGCGAUUCAAAGUAAUUGGUUCUAUAGCUGAUUUUUUUUUCUGUGAAUAUCGACUUCCAAGAGUUGGAAAUGGACAGCGUUCAAUUGGGAUGGCUCAAGAUUAUUCCAAUGGAAAGGAAAAAAGGUCUUUAAUUAAUAGGGUACAAACUGUGAGUGGGGAUAGCUAUGCGUUUAGGGACCGGACGCAGGUUAAUACAAAGUGGGGUGUUGAAGUUACCCUCUGACUUCAACUCGAUACAGAUCUAUUAAUUAUUAUUGGUAUCUGCAAUAAAUAAUAUUUUGUUAAUUUAAAUAUUAUAAUCACUCUAAUUUGGCCUUCUAUUGAACCUCACAUUAUGCAUGGUGCAGAUGCCAUGUUUUAUCAAAAUAAUAAUAGUAGUAAAUAUCAGGCAUCUUUUGCAAAUGAUGGUGCCUUGUGCGGUAUGUUUAUCGCAAUUGCUCUUUUAACAAUACAUUGAAGUUGCUUUUGUGGGUAUCAUAGUAUUAUAUAUAUUUACAUAUAUCAUAAAGAAAACUUCAAUUAUCAAUGACAUUCCUUUUUCACUCCUAUUUCAUCAGAAGUCCCUUUUGAUGAGUAUUAUAAUUGCCCGAACUAAAUGAGUUGUCAUUUUUUUCUGAUUUCUGUGUGCGUAAAAAAUCAAUUCAUUGUAAACGUCAUUUAUUGAAUUAUAGCAACAAAACUUCAUAAUAUACAGACACAAGAUGUGGUUGUUCCUUUUAUUUAA